UUCUCAACCACCGUAAAUCCAACGUUCUCUCUCACACACACAACACGCGGGCCAAUGCUGAAGGAGGAGGCGGCGGCCGGCUCAGUCGACCCACUAAGAGGUCUCAGAGGGCUCUCACUCUUCCCGCGCACGAUUAGGGCGUCAGCGGAAGCUCCGGUGCCCUCCGACCUAGAUUCCAUCCACAAUACCAUGAAAUCUCUGAAAGAGUUAAGGAGUCUCGCUGAAAAUGUGGAUGUCACUAAUGACAUUGCGGAAAAAGCUAAGGAUAGGCCACAAGAGCGAAGACCAGGUCUUGGACUUCCCCGUAAGAAGGCUUCAUUUUCUCUGAAACCAAGUAUUAGUCACCCUCCAGUCAAUUUGGAGCCAACUUUAAACAUUGAUCACCUCCAAGAUCCAGAUGCCUUUUUUGAUGCUUAUGAGAGGACUGAAAAUGCCAAAAAAGAGAUGCAAAAACAACUAGGUGUUAGUAUGGACAAUAUAGACCUUUAUAAACCAUCAAAUCAUAAGCGCCGUCGUCGUCCGGGAAUUUUAGGGAAGUCAUAUAAUUACAAGCACCGUUACUCCUCAACGCCUUCUGAAAAUGAUGACAUGUGGAUGUCCUCCCAAGAGACAGUGUCUCAGGACAUUCCAAGUCCGCCUAAAGAUGUGUUACAGAAGUUAAUUAACCCUGAUCCUAAUGUUUGUGACGUGGAAGAAGUUGACUUGGCUGAAUCUAUGAAUAAAACAGAGGAUCGAGACAAUGAUAUGUUGGAGGAACUGUUGUCCUGUAAUGAUGAUGAUUUGGAAGGUGAGGGAGCCUUGAAUAUCUUGCAGGAGCGGUUGAAGAUCAAACCUCUUGAUAUGGAGAAGCUGUACUGCUUGACUGAACUUCCUGAUGUUGGAAGGACUAAUGUUUUAACCUCACCAGGAAGUUAUCAAAGGCAGCACAGGAGUUCACUGGUUUUAGAUAGUGUGCUGACAAGUUUGAAUAAGAAACCUCGUAUGGAACAAGAACUUGUGGAAAGUCCAGCUAAUUCUGUAUCUUCACCAACUCCUCCGAGAAAUCCGUUUGGAUCCUUAUCUUUAUUGAAAAAGAAGAUUUUUCAGCCUAACCCUCUCAGAGAUCCAUUUUCACCACAGGACAUUGAUCUUUGUCCGCACCCAAAUUCUUCUCCUGCCGACCCCAAGGAUAACCUACUUGGACAGGUCGAUAUCCGAAACGAUUUAGGACAUGAGUUGGAAUCACAUGUAGAGUUUGGUCGUACUGAAUCUGCAAUACCUGAUAUAAAUUCUCAACAAGGAAAUCAAAAUGCUGGUUGUCUGCUGGAACAGUCUCUAAGUGAAAAUGAAAGCAUGCAAAGAGAAAGUGGCAGUACUAGGGAACAAGCUUCUCCUGCCCAACUCAGGGAUAAGAUAGUUGGACUGGCUGAUGCUGUUUCUGCACAGGCCAGGGAUAAGGUAGUUGGGCAGGCUGAUGUGCCUAAGGAGUUGGACAUGUUUAGUGAGAUGGAGUCAAAUGUAGAGUUUAAUAGCAAAAAUUUACCAGUUUGUAAUUUGGAUAAACAUCAAGUAAAUGAAAAUACUGAUGGUCCUCCUGAGCAGCUUGGAGAUGAGAAUGCAAGCAUACCAAGCAUGGAUGCCAAUAGUAGGCAAAAUGAAGAACCAAAUAAAAACAUUGGAGACUCUAUGAACACUAAUAAGAAUGAAUCAGAUCCUUCUGUAGAUGAUAAGGAAGGCAGGGGUGAUGCAUCCACCAGAGAAAAAAUUAUUCCAGAGCAACAAGAGGUGCGAGCUGCCAAGCUGAAAAGAGGAAAACGUAUUAGAGAUGCACAUCCCAUGAGGAAAAGUCUUGCAGAAGCUGGCACAUCAUUCGAAACUGGAGUUAGAAGAAGCAAAAGAGUUAGGAUGAGACCACUAGAAUACUGGAAAGGAGAGAGAUUCUUAUACGAACGAGUUGAAGACGGCUUGGAGUUGAUCGGCCUAAAAUACAUCUCUCCUGGAAAGGGUAACGAUAGCCUGAAAGUGAAGCCGUAUAUCUUGUCGGAUAAAUACAAGGAUAUUCUUGAUCUGGCAGCUCGCCAUUGAGUACGUGUACAUGUGAUCAUUUUGUUGAGGUUUGAUACAUUGGUAGGCUCUAUCCCCUUACGUACAUAUGAAACUUUAGAUCUUUUCUUGUAAUCAAAGCAGGGAGGGAUUGUGAAGAGAUCUCCAUCAAUCCUAUUGAUGAGACUAGUGUAGUGUUUAAAAACAAGAAGAAAAAAAUAUUUCAAUAAAAAUGCCACGAAUUUUCAGUUUGUGGUAUGUAUCUACAA